AUGAGUCGCUACGAUGAUGGCGAACUAGAGAUAUCUCUAGCGCCUUCCGCAAACCGUCGCGCACAACAUAGACCCUCGGAAGUCAGUUCAAAUACACGUCGUCAAACCCAUAAUGGAGGGAACAAACCUGCUCCGCAGAAGAAGACGGAGCAGCGUGUGGGCGCAUAUUCGGUAAUACGUACAUUGGGAGAAGGAUCUUUUGGGAAGGUCAAGUUGGCGGUUCAUCGGGUUACGGGUCAACAGGUUGCGCUGAAGAUAAUUGCGAGGAAGAAGUUGAUCAGUCGUGAUAUGGCUGGGAGAGUCGAGCGAGAGAUCGAAUACCUUCAACUUUUGAGACAUCCGCACAUUAUCAAAUUAUAUACCGUCAUCAAGACCCCCACCGAAAUUAUCAUGGUUCUUGAAUAUGCAGGGAAUGAGUUGUUCGACUAUAUUGUACAACAUGGGAAGAUGAGAGAAGAUGAAGCCAGACGAUUCUUUCAACAAAUUAUCUGCGCAGUCGAAUAUUGUCAUAGACAUAAAAUCGUACAUCGAGAUUUGAAACCUGAGAAUCUUCUCCUCGACGAGAAUCUCAACGUCAAGAUUGCCGAUUUCGGACUCAGUAAUAUCAUGACAGAUGGGAAUUUCCUCAAGACGAGUUGCGGAAGUCCAAAUUAUGCCGCCCCGGAGGUUAUAAAUGGGAAACUAUACGCUGGUCCCGAGGUUGACGUUUGGAGUUGUGGUGUCAUACUAUAUGUUUUGCUCGUCGGGAGAUUACCUUUUGAUGAUGAACAUAUUCCAUCUCUGUUUGCGAAAAUUGCUAGGGGUCAAUAUAAUGUCCCCGGUUACAUGGGUCGUGAAGCUGCUGCAUUGAUCAAGAAGAUGUUGGCAGUCAAUCCGGUCUAUAGAGCUACCAUCGCAGAAAUCCGAGAUGAUCCGUGGUUCACGACAAAUUUGCCCGCUUAUUUGCAACCUCCAGUGGAAGAAUUCAUUGAUACGGGCGUUGAUUCGGCAAAGGCUAUCAAUCCUCGAGCGAUUGCACCUCAUGCGAGUCCGGCUAUUCAGGAGAAAUUACAUGUGCAAGUCACUGAGAAGAUUAGUAAGACGAUGGGUUACGGAAUUAAGGAUGUUCAAGAGGCUUUGGCGGCAGAAGAACCUUCGGCCAUCAAAGAUGCAUAUCUUAUUGUUCGAGAGAACAAGUUGAUGCAGGCUAAUCCAAAUCUUACGGAUGACAAGAACCAACUUCUCUUUCAGAUCCCUUCGCCUCCAUAUUACGACUCGGCAAUUCCAGCAGUGCCCGAGUCGCCUUCACUUAUCAUUAAGGAGCGGCCUGGUAAUAUUCAACCGGUAGUUACACCAUUUCAACCUCGACCUAGUCCUCUUCUCGAUGCCGUAUCGCCGAGAUCCAGUAGUUCUGUUGGUACAGAUAGAUCAUUUGUUCGACCGUAUGUGAGCAAAAUUGGAAUAUUGCCAAGCAGUAUCCCGCAGUAUCAUAACGAGUUUAUGCAAACACACAUAUCGGGCCAUCAGGAGAGCACUCUAUCAACAUCUCACUCAGAAACCGUUGAACCAUCACCUCAAACUGAGGCUGAAAAGGCGGAGACGGUUCGCCGAUUAAAUCCACAUUCGAGAACUCUAGCAAAAUUGGAUGAAGGCAAGAAACCCGCGGGUAUGACUCCAGUUCCAUCGAAAAAGGCAAAACCUACAAAGUGGCAAUUCGGAAUCCGAUCUCGAAAUCAACCUCUUGAGGCAAUUGGAUGCAUUUAUAGAGCUCUCCAGAAGCUUGGUGCAGAAUGGUUGGUGGGUGAUGAAUGGACACCUGGUCAUGAUGAAAAUAAAAGAAACAAUCGAAAUAAUGAUAACGAUGUUACGGAUGAUCCAAACGGAAGUGGCGCCUCUUUGCAUCGCGAAACUUCUAUGAAUGAAACUUCUUCGAAGAAAAAUAGAUUCAGCGGCAUUGAUAAAAAAGGCACCUACAAGUUACCAGAAGACCCAUGGGUCUUACAUGUCCGCUGGAAUAAAACUGAUAUUCGACGUCACUCCAUAGCCUCCCUGCAUAGUUCAGCAUCCAGUCCCGCAUAUCCCUCCUCACUACUCAAAGAUGAAGAAACCGAAUCCAUCGACGGAUGCGUCAUCAUGCACCUCGAUAUCCAACUCUAUGAAAUGGAACCCGGCGUCUUCCUCGUAGAUUUCAAAUGCGCAGGCUAUGAAACUAAAAAGGGUAUGAUGUGCGAGGAAAAGGAUGUGACUAGUCCUUUCCCAUUCUUGGAUUUGGCUAGUAAAUUGAUCAUUCAAUUGGCGGAAGCUGAUUGA